AUGGAAAAUCAUAUCAAUGAUAAAAGAUAUUCUUUAGAAGAUCUACCAGAGAAUGUAGCUAAAUUCUAUAGAUCCGUGCCAUUUCCACAUGACUAUGCAACCAACUUUAAAAGUAUAAAAGAAUUCGCAAGACAAUGUCAACUUUCACAUUCAAAAACAAUACUUAUCACUUCUGGAGGUACAAUCGUACCAAUAGAGAAAAACAUGGUUAGAUACUUGGAUAACUUUAGUGGUGGAGGUAGAGGUGCUGCAACUGCUGAAUACUUUUUAGAACAUGGAUAUCAUGUAUUGUUCCUCUAUAGAAAGAAUUCAUUGCAACCAUUCAUUAGACAUCUGAUGUUACAUGACACCAACUUUUUUACAUUCCUAUCGUAUAAUCCUGAGCAACAUCUAGCCUACGUAAGCGAUACCUAUAAAGAACAAGUAUCUAAUCUAUUUAUGAAAUGGAAAUCUUAUAUAGACUCUGGUAGACUUUUAAGAGUUCAUUUCGAAACAGUUGGUGAAUAUCUUUAUUAUCUAAGAGCAUCUACAAUUGAACUAUCGACACUAAAAAGAAAUAUGAUUAUAUUUGCUGCUGCUGCUGUAUCCGACUUCUAUAUCCCAUUAGAUCAAAUGUCAGAACAUAAGAUUCAAUCAAAGAAUGAAGGAUUAACAAUUAAUUUAGAUCCAGUACCAAAGUUGUUAAAGUUGGUUGUCUCUGAGUGGGCACCCGAUGCAUAUACAGUGUCAUUCAAGUUGGAAACCGAUAUUAAUAUACUGGAUGCCAAGUGUCAGACAUCGUUGAACUCCUAUCAUCAUCAAUUGGUCAUUGGUAAUCUACUGUCGGACUAUAAGAACUGGGUGGUAUUCCACACACCCUCUAAACCGGCAAUGUACAUCAGAAAGACAGAACAGCAGAUAAAAGAUCAUGUAGAUAUUGAACCGAUGAUUGGUGAACGUUUGAAAGAUCUUCAUAGAAUCUAUUGUGAUCAUCCACCUCAUACAACUACUAAUCAUAAUCAUAAUCAUCAUCAACAAAAUUAA